UGGCACUUGUACUGCAUGCUAUGCGCUUGGGAUUUCGGGUUAGGAAACCAUGGAUUCCGCGCCCGGCCCCGCUCCCCGCUCCACACCUGUUUGCUCCUCAGACAAUUCAGGAACUGUAAAAGCUUGGGUGAUCGUGGCCGUCGUCGGCCUGUUCGCCUUGCACGUCCUGGGUUCGCUACGCCGGCGGUCCAGCAACAGCCUCCUCCACGCUACAGUGAUGGCAGUCUCCACACUCUCCUACUCGCUAGUGGGCUACAUCGUUGGGGAGAUGCGUCGCUCGGAUUUCUACUACUACGACUUCGCCGUGUGGGCAGUGUUCGUGCUUCUGCUCCUCGGCAGCACGGACAGCCUCACGGCCUGCCGCCUCGACGACAUCGACGACUGGAGGAGCAUCUACGUGAAACACCUCUACAAGGCAUCCUUGGUGGUCAUUGUCAUUGUAUACACCAUCGGCGGCAAUAGGGAUACCAAGUACCUGUGGUGGCCACUGGCCGCCUUCCUGUUUGUCGGCGUUGUCAAGUGCUACGUGAGGAUCGCUUCCAUGAGGAUGGUGAGCAAGUCCUACCUGUGCAGGGAGGUGAAGGUGAUUGCUGAAUACAUGCAGCACAAGGACAACCUGCUGGUGCCCUUCGAUCCCGUCACCAUGCAAGGCUACAGUUACAUUGUCGAUGGCGAGAAGUACUGCGUCGUCGCCAAGAAGCAGCCUGCUGAUGGGCGCACACCAUGGUACCGCAUGAACAGUAAUGUUACCACGGUGGAGCAGGUCUGGCAGUGCACUGGCAGACUGCUGCACCUUGGCAAACGGGGCAAGCUGCUCAAGGACUUGUGCCUCUCCAUGGCGCUAUCCAAGAUGCUCAACAGAAGGUUUGCUGGCUUCGAGCUCUCAGAGUCCCACCUUGAGAAAACCCAUGACUUGGUUUUCAAAGGCCUCCUCGCCGGGGACGACGACGCCCCACAUGAGAGAGCCUUCAGGGUCAUCGAGGAAGAGCUAGCUUUUAUCCAUGACUUGUACUACACAAGGUACUAUUACCUCCACCAAAAGGGACGAUACAUGGCUCUCUGUCCACCCGUCGUCAUGUUUGCCCUAUGCUCAUGGCUCACCUACGUGCUCAUCAAGAACUACAACCGCUCUCUUAAUAUCACCGUAUUCAUAACGGUCGUCUUGGCAUUCCUGGAGUUAUACCAGCUCUACUUGUACAUAGCCUCUGGUUGGUUCAAGGUGGCGCUGAUACUGAGCUACAUCUCCACACCAUCCUCGCAAAGAAACGGUUGCUGCCUUGAGAUGAUCAUCGGCCGUCUCGUGAGGUUGAAGGCGAUUCAGCCGUGGAAGGAUACACUUGGGCAGUACUGUCUCCUCCAGGACUUGGGCCGCAGAAGCAGCUGGUUUAGGGAUUGUUGUUUCCAUUAUGCUACUCUGGGUCUUAUGGACAAGGCCCCGGCCAGGAAAAAGAAGAAGGGGCGAAAGAGCUCAGUCAAGCUGUCCAAAAAUGUUAAGAAAGCCAUAGCUGAGUCCCUACUAGGAAGCAACGGCUACCUCACCAAUGGGGUGACAUCGCUACAAAACAAUGGCGUACAUGCUCGGCUCGCGUGGGCAUGUGAUGCUAGUUCCACCCAAGGAUCGGUGACUCGAACAAUACUUGUGUGGCACGUUGCUACCACCCUGUGCUGGCAGCUGGACGAUGCAGCACAAGCCAAGGACGAAGAAGUCGCAACCACGACGGCCUCCACUUUGUCGGAGUACUGCAUGCACCUCCUUGCUUUCGCACCAAGGUUCUUGCCCGACCACAGCGCUAUAUCGGAAUCCAUACUGGAACAGUCAGUCGACGAAGCAGGACAGCUACUAAAAGGGGCCAAGAACCUGGAGCAGAGGUGUAAGAUACUCAUGGACAGUACCACCACCAAUGGUGGUGGUGCAGCUGAUGAAGAAGCACCCCUCGUGGUGCAGGGCGCUCGGCUUGCGAGGCAUCUGAUGGAUGGCAUACAGGAACCCACAUUGCGGUGGAAGGUCCUCUCUGAUUUCUGGGCAGAGAUGGUGCUGUAUGUCUCGCCGUCCGACGAUGCCCGAGUGCACCUAGAAGCUCUUGCUAGAGGAGGGGAGUUCGUCACGCACCUUUGGGCGCUGCUCACACACGCCGGUGUGCUGAAGCGAGGCUAUACACGGCCAUUGGAUGUGGUCUGAUUCAUCUAUAAAUAACAAGUGCGCAAUUACAAUCUUA